CAGCCCACCAGUACCGUGCACCCCCAGCCUCCCACUCCGUCUCCAACAGCCAAUCAGACAUGGAGAAAGUGAGUCACAUGACGCGCAACGCCAUCCGGCGGGCGUCCACCAUGGAGAUCCCUCCGCACGCCAAGCGCAACAUGCAGGAGCUCUUCGUCAACUUCUGCCUCAUUCUCAUCUGCCUGCUGCUCAUCUACAUCAUCGUGCUGCUCAUGUGAGAAGCAGGGAGGGCAGGGGGCCAAUGGGAGGGCAGGGGGCCAAUGGGAGGGCAGGGGGCCAAUGGGAGUAGGGGAGGCAUGAUGAUGGACGGGAGUUAGGGUGCACGGUGCAUGAUGAUGGAUGGGGGACCUGUCAAAUGGGAAAUUGGGGGGGGGGUGGGGGAGCAGGGUAUUGGAAGGGGGAACUGGCCAAUGGUUUGUGUGGGGAGUGGGAGGGCGCUUCUUCACUCUGGCUAAUGAGGGUAAAGGGCUGAAGUUCGGGGAUUGGGAGUUUGAUGGGGGUAUGGGGAAGGGGAUAGUGCAUGAGCCAGGCUGGUGGUAGUGGGGGAGGGGGCUGGUCAAUGGGGAUCUGAAAUGCAACUACUAGAACUGUGACAGUUGGACAGGAAUUGGGGGUGGGGUGGUGAGAUUGACAGCCUGGCUAUAGCAACGACAAAGCUCUGCGAGCAUUGGUCUGGCCAACUGGUUGAAGCUCCAAUGAAUCAGAUCACUCUUCCCUUUGACUCUGAAAAUCUAGCGUCUUGCCUUAACCCUUUACUCAUCGAGGAGAGAAAGUGUUUGAUGUUCACUGGCUCCGAGAAGGAGGUAGAUUUGAAUUUUCCCGAGACUUGGCCAACUUGGUCAGUCUGACUUGGUCGCAGAGUUUUGUCCAACGUCAAAGGGUGGGCUCAGACCAGGGGAACAAGAACAUGGCUCAAGCUCUUCAGAUGGGCACUGCCUCUGUUGCAUCAUUGUGGAACAGAGCAAUGUGAAGACUAUUCUAGAAGUGUUACACAGCUUUUUAGCAACUAAAGCUUGCUUGGUUUAGGCAAUGAUAUCAAUGCUGAAUACACUUAAAGACUCCAAAUGAAUAGUUAGCAAAGACAUAAGUUAGUAAGAGUCCAUAGAAAAAACAGGCAGUGUAACAAAAUGUAUCGACUGAGAGAAUUAGUAUGCUACUGAUAAAUUCUUCUGUCUAGAAACUAUACCUGCUCAUUCAUGUUUAAGUUUUGCUGGGGUUUCAGAGCAAAUCUCGACAGUUUGAGAAACUUACAAAAAAGAUUUUGUGAUUGCCCUCUUUUUCCUCAUGGUGCCCUCAUACAUUUCACUACCAAUGCAUGUGCACUUACUGAUGAAAAUGAGUGGGCAACUGUGUAUAUUUGCAGCAAUACUACAGACACUUCGACUUAAGUUGCUGACCUUUAAUGUAGUUGCUGACAUUUAAUGUGGUUUAAAGGCAAACUAAGUAAACACACAGACAAACAUCACUGUAAGUACUUGUACUUGUUUACCCUUUUGUUCCUUCACGGUCAGGGUUGCCAGAUUGGGUGGUUUCCCAGACAAUUGGGUUGUUUAAGAUAACCAUCGGUGAGUUGAAAAAGUAUACACUGGAUGGUUUUUUGUGUCCAUUUAUGGCCAUAGAAAUCAACAGAAUUUAGUUAAAAUUGGGUGGUAUUUAGUGAGUCAGGUGGUUUUUCGAUUGGAUUUUUUGGGAAAUGAUCCUUCGUAUCUGGCAAGCCUGCUCAUGGUCACUUUGUCACUGCUUACAUGCACGUUUGUUGUCAUUGCCACUCCAAGCGUACGGGACUCUAGCCACUGUGCAAUACUUACUGCACUCUACUGCACUGUAUUUUAUUUGCUGUCAAAGACACACACACAAACUCACACACAAAAGCUCUGCAAUAAACCUAAGCUCCUAUGACCCCCCCAACCCUAGUUCUUGACUUAUAUGUUGUGUGAAACUAUGCUGUUUGCCUAGACAAGAAUGUAAUCAUGGGAGUAGAAUGAAUGUGUGUUAGAGAGUGUGUGAGAGAGAGUGUGUGUACAUGCAGAAGUUUACUACCAAUUACUGUACAUGACACACAACACACCAUAGUGAAGACACUUACCCUACAGACUAACUGGUUCAAAGCAUCUGCAGUGUCUACAACAAAUAAGUAACAGUCCACAGCCAACGUACACCCUAAAACCAAAUAAAAACACAUGUAUAGUCCCACAUGUUAAGUCAUGGAGGUAUUGAUAAUUAAAGUCUCGAGCAAGACGACUUGAACAUUUUUAGUGUGUGGUACAGGGAGAAUUUUGGGCUGGAAUGGAGUGUCUUGUCUCGGACAAAGGUAAGGGGGGCUUUAAGGGAAAAAAAGGGUUGCAAACCACGGGCCUUAUCAUCAAUACAUUUGUUCAUGAAAUGCUGUCUGUAAGAAAAAAGAAAAAGAGAAUUUGAUGCACCAUAGAACGAAUGGCAAAUCAGCAGCUAAUACUAACACAAUGAGGCAUGAUGAAAUUAAAGUGAAAGUUUGGUUCAAUGUCCCAUUGAAUUAGCUGCUGCAUUCACAUUAUUUUUCUAUGUUGCAUCAUUCAAUGCUCUUGCAACUUUUUCUUUACAACACUUUUGGAGAUUCACAAGAGGCUUCUCCGAAAAGUUUAGCUGGGAGAAACUGGACCUCUUCUUUGACCAGAACUCGAACUUUUUGCUCCUCAUUCAAGAAGUUUAUGGUCGACACACUAUGUGUAAUGCAGUAGUUCUCAGAGGAGUCAAACACAAAAAUAAAAAAGAAACAGUCCCUUCCAACACAUAUAACUUAACUCAUCUAAGUAACCAGUAGACUCGUGCACUUGUCUUACGAUCUGCUAAGCUUAACUCUUCUAAGGUUAUUGGUGUUUUUCAGUAAUAAGAGAGUCUAUCUACCUCAAUAGGUAGCAAUGGACUAUAAUGGUCUAACAACCAUGUACUAUCAUGUGGUAGUGUUUUAGUUACACCAUGAAUUUACUCUUACUUCUUUUACCUUUGACACCUCUGAAUGCUAGUAGUUAAGUUAAUGAUAAGUUAGUUAUAACCAAAGAAGCUUCUUGGAUGAAGAGCGAAUCGUCAGUCAGGUCCAGAAUUACACGUACUGUAUAAUCUUUGGAUAACAUGGGCUGAAUGAAUGAGAAUCUUCACAGACACACCAAACAACUUUUUUUUUUUUCAUUUUUAAAAAGUAACUCCAGAGGAAGGGUUCACACACACAUCUGUGUAGCCCAACUGUGUGCAUUCAUUGGCGUCCCUGUCUCGUUUGUCACAUGUAGCUCUUUCUACAGUGGUGUAUGAACCGACCAACCAGGGGCAAAGAACAGGAUGAUGGUACAACCUGCCCCACCGUAACCAAGACGACAGCACCACCACCAUCACCAACAACCAGCUCUUCCUUCAAGCCCGUAGUCUUUACGGCCAAGAACUCCUGCUGCUUCCUGUUACCCAUCAUCCCCCACCAGCCACCAACCGCAAUCUCCACCACAACACAUCUCUAACACUCCAGGCAGCUACCCCAAAACAUCUUGUCUGACUUUGAAGGCUCUCCACUGGGGUUCUUGUCAGCAGCUCUUCCCUCCAUUGACCAACAGCAUCAACCUAAUCAUGGAUCUGGUGAACAACCGCGGCCUCAACCUCAUGCUCAACUUCCUGCUCAUCGUGGUGUUGCUGAUGAUCCUGCUCAUCCUGGUCAAACUUAUGUGAUCGCCGAUGGCCAAUCACAAUUCAGUCAAGUGAUGAUCUGACAACCAAUCGCAUCAUGACUGUGUUGUGUGCUAUUUGUGGGGGAGGGAGGGAGGGAGGGAGGAAGUUAAGAAACGAGGGGGAAUGAGAACACUUCAGUUCUGCUGGGCUAAAGAGGCUACACGAGGAUGACUUUCUUAGUUUGUCUUCAUUGAUUUUGUCUAGGUGCCACUUCUGAUAGCUUUCUAAAUAAGCUAAUAUCAGGUUAAUCACAAUACGAACCAAAUAUAUAAGUAUAUAUUAAAAAAUGGCAAUUAAAAUAGAGAAUAUUUCAGCCCCCGAGAAAAUUACAGUCCAACUUCCUUGUGCAUUUCUAACACCAGGUUUACAGGACCGCACGGUUAGAGGCUGAGCCAGUACAAAUAGCCAUGGGUACAAACCCAGCAUGUACUCUGAGCUCUCAAAGAGCUGCACAAUGAACGCUUCACUUUAGGAAAUAAUAAUAGGCCAAAACCUCCUCUCUCAUCUGGCAGAUAGUGCCCUCUACUGGUCAAUAGUAAGACAAGUAGAGGCAGUGGCUGCCAUCCGAGCUGUCACUGUCAGUUGUUAGUGUUCAUCUAAUAAGCCUACUGUACUUCACUGAAUACGGGGUCAGCGUGGGGACAGCUGCAGCUGUGGCUGUGGCAAUGGAUGAACUCUGCUGUACCGAGUAGACUCUAGGGUGGUAAGCCCAAGUGUGUGCUAUGUGCACGUGUUUUCCUGCUACUAACGUUACAAAAUUACACACUACAUUUCAGAUGUUUGAGAAUCUGUCAGUAUGUUUUAACUUUUAGCCCUUUGAGGAGUAUCAUCACAAAUACAGUAUGUGAUUCGAAUUUUGCCCAAAUUUCGAGUUCUCAUUAUUAUGUCAUAAGGACAUUGCAAAAUUUUUAACACAGACUUCUAUGGGAGCUGUAGAGUGUUCAAGUAAAAUUCAAGAAGAACCUGGGGAAAGUCCUUACUCUUAAAGUACAGUAUCUCAACAAAGAAUUUCUGUUAAGUAGAUGCAUGACGUUGAUUCUGUCCAACUCCACAACAACAUCAGCUGAUUUUAGAUUUUAAAGUACGUCACACAUCAGGAUCCAUGUGAGUCUCCAAUGAAGACAGACUCUAUACUGUAGAAACAUGUCAGGUAAAAGAUAAAACUUUUACAUGUCUGUCUGAAGUAAAACAAAAACCUACGUUUUUAUAAGAAUUUUUGUUAAGACUGCAACACACAAUGCCCUUCCACAGCACCACCACCACCAUCACCAACCAGCUCUUCCUUCAAGCCAGUAGUACCGCUGCUCCCAACUAGCCACCAACCACCCUCUGCGCCACAACAUACCUCCAACUCUCUAGACACCAACCGGUGUAGGGGUUAGAUGGUUUAGUGACAUGUGACAUGCAGAAGUCCCAUGUCAAAGGAAGGCUAUGUUUUUUCCCCUAAACAUUUAUUUAAUGACACCUCUAACACUCCAGGCCGCUACCCCAAAACAUCUUGUCCGACUUUGAAGGCUCUGCCCUGCGGUUCCUGUAGACUACUCUUCGUUCCUUGUCUGAAAAUCCUGUCAACGUGUUUAAAACUAGCUCAAAAAAGAA